UCCUCUUCUGCGUGCUGUUUUCUGCAGCGGGACUCUCUCUCAGAGCUGUCCUGUAGGAAUCUCUGAUUUUGGACACUUUUUGAACUUUUCUGAAGUUAUUGUGGGAGUUGUUUUCUCAGCUGUGUGGAUUUUUGGAGCUACUUCAGCGCCCCGGUGAGCGGACUGGACCAUGUGAGUGUGUGAGCGGCGGUGUCGGUGGUCUCCGUGGUGCAGUCUGAGGCUCCGUUAGAGGGGGCGGCUGUCUGUGAUGAAGGCGCCGCUGGCCGAGAUGCUCGCGGCGCUGCGUGAACCCCGAGAGCGCGCGGAGGGCCGGGAGGAAGGGGAGCGCACGCGGACGCGGGACCGCCUGGAGGCUGCGCUCGCGGGGCUCGGCGAGCUCGAGUACCUGAGACACAGGCAGGAGGGGCUCGUGCGCGGCGCGCUCACGGACCGCGAGGACAGAGGCAGCGCGAGCGCCAGCGCGAGCGGGGAAGAAGAGAGCUACCUCAACAAGGAGGAGAAACUUCUCGAGGAGAACAUUUUAUUACUGAGGAAGCAGCUGAACUGCCUGCGGAGGCGAGAUGUUGGUUUGAUCAGUCAACUCCAGGAGCUGGACAGACAGAUCAGUGACCUGCGCCUGGACACGGAGACUUCGCAUGACCACGUGGAGACCGACAGCCGUCCCAGCUCAGGCUUUUACGACUUAAGUGAUGGCGCUUCGGGUUCUCUCUCCAAUUCCUCCAACUCUGUCUUCAGUGAGUGUUUGUCCAGCUGUCGUUCCAGCACCUGCCUGUGUGCCCCCCUUGACACCUCACUAUGCGCCUCUGAGGGACAGCCUAAGUCUGCAGAUGAACUGGGUGUGUGCACAGAGUGUGAAGAGCAGUGUGAAGACUCCAGUUUGGGAACAGUUCGUAGAUCCCUGUCUGCUCCCUACUCUCCUUCUCCAGAUGGACCCUGUGAUAGCCUGUCUAAGUAUCACUGUGACCUAAUAGCUAAGAAUGGCAAUGACGUGUACCGCUAUCCCAGCCCUCUCCAUGCAGUGGCCGUACAGAGCCCCAUCUUCUUUCAGUCUAUGGUCAGCCAUCUUAAAGAGGACGGUUCACUGUCCAAGUCUGGAGACAUCCCUGGUGAAAAUCAAAAACCAGAGCAUUCCCUUGGACCCCAGAGUAGCUCUUGGCCUGCUUCUCAAACACCCCUCAACAAAAAGCUGGACAGUUAUAUCUUUGGACUUCUUCAGAGAAGAGCACAGCCAAUGAGGACCAAUAAGCCAAGAACAAGCAUAAACACGGACCCUUCCAAGAGUGUCUUACGGCAAGCUAGUCUCUGUGUCCGACCUUCUGCUGCUGGACAGACCCUGCCAUGGACUUCUGAACUCAAACCUAACUGGCAGACCAGUUUGCAGGCAGCCGCAGCAUCUAGCACUGACCCCAACACAGCGUCACCACAAAGACAGUGGUCUGUUGAGUCCAAGGGAGAUCUUGUUGAGAAUGGAGUGUCUUAUUCUCAAAGCCAAGCAUCUAAUGGAUACUUAAUCAACAGUGACAUGAACACUAAUAGUCUCUUAAAGAAGAGAGGAUCUGGGGCCAAUAAAACCCAGCCAUUAGCUGUUGUUUCUAAGGAUUGCCAGGAAUUGGGCAGCCCUAAUGCAGUCUCUUCCCCUAAACUUAACAAGCAUUCUUAUUACCCUGCAGUGGAAGACAGUAAAUCAGCACAGACGCUGAAAGCAGGCACUCCUAAAAGGAAUUCUAAAGUCCAGGCACCAGCAGCCAGUUCUGCUAAAGCAGAGCGGCCUGCCCCAGAGCUCAUAAGUCUUGGAUCUUCCUCUCAGAGUCAGGACGAGGGUGGACAAAUGGUUAGUGCUCUUUACAUCUCUGCUGAGGAGCAGAAUGUUAAACUUCGGAAAGGUGGCACCAAGAACAUCAAGAUCGUCAAGGUCAAGAGCACCAAACCUAAAACCCAUGCUACCGAGCCUGUUUCAGAAUCAGGUCGGGACAGGCAUCAUCGCACAACAUCCAGGAGAUCUCGACCAGUGGAUGACUUUGGUCAUUCUCACAAAGCUUCCAAGAGGACCUCUUGUAAAGCCAAAAGAAUCCCAGCUGCGAUCCCUGAAGGACGUAUCCUGGAGAAGAACAGCUCCUCAACCGGCAGGUCAUCUUCCCAAAGACACCAUGGCCACCACAGACAUCAUGAAGCUGUCCUAGCCAAACCCAAGUACAAGCGCAAUGACUACCACCGUAGGCUACGGGGCAUCCCAGAAGUAACUUAUGAUGAAGCCAUCAGGAGAGCUCACCGCAGGCACAAAAGGGAGAUCAUGGGCCACAUAUCAGCCAUGUAUCUCCCUUCCAACGCACAUUUUACCAGCCCUUAUGCCUAUGUGGGCAGUGACUCUGAGUAUUCUGCUGAGUGUGCUUCUCUCUUUCACUCUACCAUCUUGGACACUAGUGAAGAUGAGCGCAGUAACUACACUACUAAUUGUUUUGGGGACAGUGAGUCGAGCGCUAGCGAGGCAGAGUUUGUGGCAGAGAGCAGCACUACCAGUGACUCAGAGGGCAGUGCCGGGGUCAACUGGCCCCAAUUGGGUCAGGCAUCUGCAGGGUCCACCCUGACCCGUGAAAUGACCUCGGCACAGGCCAAGGCCUUUGUCAAAAUCAAAGCCUCCCACAACUUAAAAAAGAAGAUCCUACGCUUCCGAUCAGGCUCUUUAAAACUCAUGACCACAGUGUGAGAGACUCAAGGGACAGUGGGUCGACUGGGAUACAGCCAAUCAAAUUGGCUGCUCUCAGUACUCACCCAAUUAAGUGCCUCAGCCACAUGGCUCAAAACUCGCCUGAGUCACAUUGAGGAGAUCUUUCACUAGGAGCAUUUGUCUAGUGAACUCACUCCCCUGCACUUUCAGAGUCCCUUAAAACAAAUGUUAAACAAUUGAGACACAUCCAAGUAGCCCCAUUGUGUAAUUUUCUGUAGCCAUAUUUAUUUAAAAUUCAUUUUAUUCUGUGAUACAUUCACAUAGCAAGUGCUAUGUAAAUGCAAUCAAUAGUCAUGGUUUAAUUUUCUAAAUAAAAUAUUUAAAGCUUAAUAUAUUUGGUUAGUCAUACAUGGAAUAGAUUAGAAAGUAUGAUUCAACUGAUUCAGUUGUUCCUAAAGAGAAGAAAAGGAUGUGAGACAGAGUGAUAGACUGAGUCUAUCAAAAAAGUAUACGAUAUGUGGGCAAGUUCAUCUGCUGAUGACAUAGGGCUUUUGUUAUAUGCACAAAAAUAUGCAUGAGCAACUGCGUUAUUAUUUACCUUGUGGUCAAUGCCUAUUAGUUGUAAAUUGCAAUUGUUGUAAAUAGAAUGUCAAUGUUCAUUUAUGGUGUCGUACAUUUUUUAUGCUUUAUUAAAUGUUGCCUUUGAAACUAAAAUA